UGGAAGUAGCGGCUGUCUCUAGGGGCGGGGCUCCGAGCCGCAGCUCCGCCCAAGGUUUGCUCCAAAGCAGGGCGCCGGCGCUGCCACCCGGUAACCUCUCCGUUCCUCUUUUCAGUCGGCCCGCCUUUCCGCAGACCUUUGGUGCCCCCAGCCACAUACUGAAGGAGCGCCCCUGCAGCGGCUCAGGGCGCUGGGCGCCCCUUUCUCCGCGGGCUCACCCCUCGGCUGCGCUGAUUGGCCGCCCCGGGACCACCCCCACGGGUAGGCAGGGUCCUCCGCCCGGGGAAAGUUUUCUGUGUGCGGAAGAAGUUGGAAGUCCGGAGACUCCGAGGUUGCAGGGCUCUGUGCCGCCAUGGAAGAAGCCCCUUUGCGAGAAGAGGAAGAAGAAGAGGAGGGGGACGAGGCUGGGCCCGAGGGGGCUCUCAGCAAGAGCCCCUUCCAGCUCACCACCGAGGAUGUGUACGACAUCUCCUACGUGGUGGGCCGUGAGCUGAUGGCCCUGGGCAGUGACCCCCGGGUGACACAGCUGCAGUUCAAAAUCGUCCGCGUCCUGGAGAUGCUGGAGACGCUGGUGACUGAGGGCAGCCUGACCGCCGAGGAGCUGAGAAUGGAGCGGGACAGCCUGCGGAAGGAGGUGGAGGGCCUGCGGAGACAGGGCUCGGAGGCCAGCCCAGAGGUAAACCUGGGGCCAGACAAGGUGGUGGUUGACCUGAGAGACCCCAACCGCCCGCGCUUCACCCUCCAGGAGCUGCGGGACGUGCUGCAGGAGCGCAACAAGCUCAAGUCCCAGCUGCUGCUGGCGCAGGAGGAGCUGCAGUGCUACAAGAGUGGGCUGAUUCCAACAAGAGAAGGCCCAGGAGGAAGAAGAGGACAGGAAACUCUGGUUGUGAGGGCCAGCGAUGUCAGCAGAAGCAAGGAGGACAAAACCAUCAUAAGGAAGCUGUUCUCCUUCCGGUCAGCGAAGCAGACAUAGAUCUGAGGCAGUGGUUCUCAGACUCGAGAAGACAGGAAAGCUGCAAACUCCGCUCAGUGCCACGCGGACCCACGCACUUUCCACCUUGUUUCCCCUCAGAGCUGUCUGAGGAGGAAGGAGGUGGGGUUCUCACUGUCUCCUGGCUGCAGAACUGGACGUUCCCGGAGGCUUGGCCAGGGCAGGGGGGCGGCCUCCGGAAAGCAGAAGAAAGUACAGCCACCACCUGCCCACGUCAGCUGCCGGGAGGGGCUCAGCAUUCUGCUCCCCUGGCCCUGCACGCAGCCCUGCCCUCCACGGAGCAGCAGCCUUGCGUCAGCCCGCAGGGAGGGGGAGACGCCGGUGAGUGCGGCGGUGGCCUUCCGGGGACCUCGCCAGUGUGCAGUGAGUGUCUGACUUGGCUAACGGGACUUCAUGUUCUGAUUUUUGUAUUAAAGUAAGAUGACUUUCCUACUUU